AUCUAUCUACUACUACUUACUACAAUCCUCAUUUCCCUCUACAAAAAGACCUAAAAAAUCACCAAACACUUCACAACACACACACACUUUAUUUUUUCUAUCUUCUUUUCUUUGUAACCUACAAACAAUGGCACAAACUGAACCGUUACCAAAACCAACCUACAUUUCGUUACAACAACUUCAAAAACACAACAAACGUGGCGACGCAUGGAUCUCCAUCGACGGCAAGAUCUACGACGUUUCCAAAUGGUCCAACCACCAUCCCGGCGGCGAACUUCCUCUCUUAAACCUCGCCGGCCAAGAUGUCACUGACGCAUUCCUAGCUUUUCAUCCACCCACUGCUUACAAACAUCUUGACAAUUUUUUCACCGGCCAUUAUCUCCGUGACUACGCUGUCUCCGAGGUUUCCCGUGAUUACCGGAGUCUUUUCUCUGAACUCACUAAAAUGGGUUUGUUUGAAGAUAAAGGACAUGGUGUUUUGUUCUUACUUUCGUUAAUCUCUGUUAUGUUCUGUUUCAGUGUUUAUGGUGUUCUGUUUUCCGACAGUAAAGUUGUUCAUGUUCUUUGUGGUGGGUUAAUGGGUUUUUUAUGGAUUCAAAGUGGUUGGAUUGGUCAUGAUUCUGGUCAUUAUACGGUUAUGAAGGACAAAAAAUGGAACCGUUUUGUUCAGAUUCUUUCUGGUAAUGUUCUUGCUGGUAUAAGCAUUGAAUGGUGGAAAUGGAAUCAUAAUGCUCAUCAUAUUGCUUGUAAUAGUCUUGAUUUUGAUCCUGAUCUUCAACAUUUACCUUUUUUCGUCGUGUCUUCGAAGUUUUUUACUUCACUCACUUCUUGUUUUUAUGGUAGAAAAAUGAAUUUUGAUUCAUUUGCUAGGUUUUUAGUUAGUUAUCAACAUUGGAGUUAUUAUCCUGUUAUGUGUUUUGCUAGGUUGAAUUUGUUUGCUCAAUCUUUUUUCUUGUUGUUGUCUAAUAGAAAAGUGCCUAAUAGAAAAAUGGAACUUUUAGGGUUACUUUUGUUUUGGACUUGGUACCCUUUGUUGGUUUCUUGUUUACCUAAUUGGGGUGAAAGGGUUUUGUUUGUGAUUGCUAGUUUUUCUGUUACUGGUAUUCAACAUGUUCAAUUCACUUUGAAUCAUUUUUCGGCUAGUGUUUAUGUCGGUCCACCGACGGCUCAUGAUUGGUUUGAGAAACAAGCUAGUGGGACUCUUGAUGUUAAGUGUUCUUCUUGGAUGGAUUGGUUUCAUGGUGGUUUGCAGUUUCAGGUUGAACAUCAUUUGUUUCCGCGGCUUCCGAGGUGUAAUUUGAGGAAGAUAUCGCCUUUGGUUAAGGAUCUGUGCAAAAAACAUAAUCUUCCUUAUACUUGUGUGUCUUUCUGGAAGGCUAAUGUGCUUACGAUUCAGACGUUGAGGAAUGCUGCUUUGCAGGCUCGGGAUCUUACUAAACCGGUUCCGAGAAAUUUAGUUUGGGAAGCUGUUAAUACUCAUGGUUAAAACAACGAGUUUGUUCGAGUGAAGCUUCGUAAGAUUUUGCUGUCAUUGACAAUUUGGUGAAAGAAUAACUGAUUUGCAAAUUGCUUAGAGGCUUAGAUUCGAUCACUAGUUGUCUUAGCUGCGUGAUAUUGUUUCAAGAGAUAGGUAAGAAACAAACUAUUGAUACCGGUUCUUCUGAGGUUUUAUAGAUUUUUGUAUUUUAUUUUUGCUCAUCUUCAUGAUUGAGUAAUGGAUGUAAGUGCAAUGUUUAGUUUAUGUCUGUUUGAUUUCCUUAUGCGGCAAUGUGUAUUUCUACUACAUAACGAUUUGUGUUAUGCCUUGGAAUUCAUUGUCGUUUGGAGCAAAAGAAUGUACUAUAUAUGUUAAAUUCGAGUUCUCCGAAAUGAAUUACUUUUUGCAA